UGAACGCGAAGAACCAUGCUGGAUACUAAAAUAGACAGGACACAUUCAAAACUGCAAGAGAGCUCGAAGCCAAACAGGAAGUUAAUUCGCCAGAAGUGAGACUGUCGCAAAGCCGGCUUAAUGAAAAAAGCCUUCGAGUAUAGCAAGAUGUGCGGCGCUGAUGUUUGUCUAGGUAUACGCAUAAGAGAUACCGGUGGCGUCUAUAUGUUUUCAGCGGAUGCUUUGGGAUUUUGGGGAUUUGUUGGAUCCUAGUUGGUAUCACACCCCCGAUUUGCAUAUCACUUCAAUUGCUGAUUUGCUUAGGGUUCGUAUUAUCCAACCCCAAGUCAGAUCACUGACAAGGACAUUGGCAAGUUGGGAGAUCGAGAGCUAUCUUCCGCUCAAUAGAGGCGGAACCGGAACAACCUGGAUUUGCACAAGAUGCUCUGUGGGACUUUCCAUCCAGCCAGCCAACCCACUUGUGAUUUCGAAGAAAUGGCCGCUUCAUCUGCCUGGAUCCUUUUUCUAUCUACAAAGAGAGAUGACAAAAACCGGCUUAUAAUUGGAGACCCAAAGCUAGACAGCGGAGUAGGCCCAGCAGUACUCCUCCUGUGUCCAUAAUAAUAUAAUGAACUCCCAC